GAGGAAAAAGAGAGAGAAACAAAGAAAAAGAAAAGGAAACAUUAAAAAAGAAGAAGUUUCUAACCCUUACACAAUUUGCGCAACCCUCGAUUACAAUUUCCAUCUCUCUCUACAUUCAUUCAUCCAUUCCAGUUUUGUAUGUAAAAAGUUGACAAAUCAAACACCCACAAAAUCGUAAUUUCAGCAUCAAAGUUUCAUGAGCAGAUAAAAAAAACACUGAGAGAAAACAAAUUGAAGAUCCUUUUUUCGACGUAAACCUGAAAGUUGGAUCUUCCAAAAAAUUGAAGGGUUUGUUGGUUCAGCUAGAGAUUGUUGGUGGGUGUUUGUGGAAAGUGGGUUGUGUGGAUUUGAAUUAUUGAGUUUGUGGGUUUGAGAGUUGAGACUGAGUUUAUGGAAGAAUUUUGAAGCUGGAAAUGAAUGUGGGGACAUGGUGCAUGGACAAGAGCUUAGUUGUUGGUUUGGUCCCCAUUCGGAGUAUCGCCCUAGCAAUAGCUUACUAGUUGAAGCAGUUGCGCUUGCAAGGGGUGACAGAUUCCUGAGGCCCUUGGAAGUUUUGCAAUGUCGCGUUGCUUUCCUUUCCCUCCACCGGGAUACGAAAGGAAGACUAAAGAGGACGACACUGACUUGCUAAAAAAGGAAAAACAAAAGGAGAAGAAGCACAAAAAGGAGAAGAAAGACAAAGAAAAGAAAGAAGGCAAAGAAAAACGUGAGAAAGAUAGAAAUGAUGAAAAACAACGGGAUAAGAAAGACAGAAAGGAGAAACAAAAAGACAAAAAGAAAGAUAAGGAGAAGGACCGGGAUAAAGACAAACAUAAGAGUGAUCUCUUACUUUCUGAUGAGAAGAAGGUUGUGGGGUCAACUGACAGCCAUGUUCACAAGUCCUCUGACAAGAGCAAACACAGAGAAAAUGACAGAAAUGCUACUUCUGCUGAGAAGAGAAUUGGCGGGCUGUCUGCAGUUCCCAAUGGGAUGGUGGUUCAUAAGAAUAAUCACCAAGUUCCUAACAGUAAGAGUUUCAAGUGUACCCCAGAGUUGGGCAGGAAGAGCAUGGAUGAAGAAAGGAGAACAGUUAAUCAAUUGUCUGAUAAGAAUGUUGGUGCUGAGGGAAACAAGGAUGGAGGAGUGGUCAAAUUGGCUGCGAAGAGUGGAGGACCUCUACUGGAUUCAAAGGAGAGGGACAAGGAUGGAGGAGUGGUCAAAUUGGCUGCAAAGAGUGGAGGACCUCUCCUGGAUUCAAAGGAGAGGACCAAGGAGAAACCAGCCCUUGAUGGAAGGAUGGAUGGACGAGGCGUCAUCGGGGAUGCUAGACCUAGUAAAAUCCCUUUGGAUCCAAAGUCUGUUGGUGUGGUUCAAAACAGAGUUGGAGGUAUUCUCAGACCUGUGGAGAAGAAGAUUGAGCAGAAAGUGGAAGGGAAGGAGAAGGUUAGAGAGAAAGAAGGUGAUGAUAAAAAAGGAGAUAGAAGAAAGGAAAAAGACCGAGAGAAAUCAGUCCUCAAGGACAGGGAAAAGGAGAAGAAGAAAGAGGAGGUAGCAAAGACAACAUAUGAAGAGAAGCACUUACAAAUGACAAGAAUGAAAGAUGGCAGUGAGAACCACUUACUGAAGCCAAGUGCAAAGAAUGGAACCAUGAAGGAUGUUUCAGGCGUCCAGAGUGUGGGGUUUCAUAACAUAACAAAGGAUAGCAAUCAUCAUACUCCUACUGUGAAUAAUAGGAAACGGAAGGACAUUGGGCUCAAUGGUACUUAUGAUGAGCUUGUCACUGGGCCUAAUAAGAUGGCAAGGACAACGACUUCCCCUCAUCAGUUGACAGAAAAUGGAAGGAUCUUGGAGCCUUGCCAGAACUCUGCUGCAUUUGCUCCCGCUACCCAGAGGCCACCCGUGAAUAUUAAAGGGGAACGUAAUCUUCCUCAUGAUGAUACGCAGAGACCACCCAUGAAAAUUAAAAUGGAUGGCAAGGAAUGCAAAAUCAAUGGCACAAUUGCCGGUCCCUGCACACAAUCUUCUCGAGAAACAACUGCAAAAGCAGAACGGAAAUCUGAUGCUCCUGCAAAGCCACCUCAUCCAGAUACAAAGUAUCUCGGCCAGGUGCUUGUAGUACCUAAAUUAGAUGAAUGGUCUGAUCUUGUUGACCAAGAGUGGCUAUUUAACAGCAAUAGCUCCUCAACAAGGAGGCCAGACGUUAAAUUGUCUGGGAUCGAUGAAACGCCGCAGGUAUGGGAAAGAGCCUUGUGGUUAGAGCCAGUAGAUAUUCAUGCUUUGCCAUAUGUUAUUCCUCACUGAUUGGGUUUCAUGAAUUGUGGUUGUGAUUUACUCAUUACCCCCCUCCCUUUGCGGGGAGAAAACAAAACCCUAGCCAAGCUCGGGGAAAUUGGCAGCAGAGGCUGUGAGAUUGAAAUUCCAGUUUCCCGCCUCGAAAGCUUGCUCCUUGAAACUACGAAUUCGUAGAUUGGACUGAGCUCUUUCUGCAUGUUCUGUACAUUAGCAUUUGGUGCAGCUAUCAACUUUCUUCAGAGCUUUUCUCAUAUGGAAAAGACGAUGCUGUUAGGUUGUGUCGCACCUGCCUCGGCUUAGAUGCUGGUCAUUCCAGGAGCUAGGGUUUUGAUGGCAAUUUUGAGCCUCCUAGCAUGAGAAAACCCGAUUCUUUCGUAAGGGAAGUAUAAUCAGCUUCCCGUAUAGUUGCAACGGUUGAGAAAAUUGUCGUUUAGAUGGGAGAUGUAUUAGCUUGUGAAAUUUAUUUUGUUUAGAGUUCAAUGGGAGCUUUUGCUAAUCUUUUCAGUGUAAGAGAAAUUUCUUAGCCGUGGUGCUUGCACCCACCGAUUUUGAUUUGUAACAUAAUACUCUUAAUUUACAGAGAAAUGUAACAUAGAAGAAGGAAAUGGGAAGGCAGCUUCAUAUAUAUAUAUAAACAUUUUUCUAUA